AAAUAAAAUUAGAGGUUAUGUUAGAUUUUUAUGAUCAAUGUAGUAAUCGUCACCAAUGCAUAAUUGACAAUUUCAAGUUUAUGGAGUGAUGUCAUACGUCUAUCGAAAAUAAUUAAAUAAGUUUAAAGAUAAGACAAUUAAAUUAUCUUUCACUUGAUUGAUUGAAAAUACUUAUAUAUUUACACGUUAUCAAUUUCUUCAUUUAUAUAACCUAAUUUAUAUAAAUGUACAUAUACAUAUAAAUAUUAUUUUAAGUAAAAAUAUAAAUAAUUACUAUGGCUUCAACAUGGGAAGAUUUUUUUGCCAAACAUCCACCUCCACAAGAUUUAAAUCAAACCGAAAAUCUUUUAAAAAGAUUUAUUGAAAAACAUUUACAAGAAAACAAUAAAGUAGUAUUGAUAACGAGCGGCGGUACAAUGAUUCCAUUAGAACAUAACACUGUUAGGUUUGUUGAUAAUUUUAGUGCUGGAUCCAGAGGAUCUACGUCAGCUGAAUAUUUUUUGGAACAUAAAUAUGCCGUAAUAUUUAUGUAUAGACUCAAGUCUUUAGAACCAUUUACUAGACAUUUCAUCGGACAUAAGGUUUUGGAUAUGCUCAAUUUAACGGAGGAGGCAGAUAAAUGCGUUGUCACAGUUGUACCUGAACAUACAGAAAAAGUAGCAAUGGUAUUACAAAAAUAUAAAAAAACAAUGCAACAGGAUAAGUUAAUACAAAUUAGUUUUAGUACUUUGACCGAGUACCUUUGGCUACUUAGAACCGCUUGUCAAGCAUUAGCUUGUUUAAAAGAUAAAGCUCUUUUAUAUUUAGCUGCAGCUGUUUCAGACUUUUAUGUACCAUUUGAUGAAAUGUCCGUACAUAAAAUUUCUUCUAAUGGUCCACCAACGAUAUCACUUCAACUAGUUCCAAAAAUGCUAGAACCUUUAGUUAAUUUAUGGGUACCAGAAGCCUUUGUGAUUUCAUUUAAAUUAGAAACAGAUGAAAAUGUUUUAGUCUCAAAAGCAAGAACUGCUUUGAACAAGUACAAACACAAUCUUGUUAUUGCUAACAUGUUACAGACUAGAAAGCAACAAGUAAUUAUUGUUAGCAAAGAAAAUGAUUAUGUGUUGUCGUUAACAAACGAACAAAUGAAGAACGGCGAAGAAAUCGAAAAAUUUAUAGUCGCUGAUAUAGUUUUGAAACAUAAGGAUUUUUCAAAACUUAGAUCUCCUAACUCAACAUAUAGACUUAUUUCGAUAACAUGAUUUUUCAAUUGGACCUUACUAUUUUUUUACUGUAUUAUUAUUGGUAAAUAUCAGUUGCUUAUUGCACAAUUAAGGGAAAAUAUAAUUGGAUAUUGUGUAUCCAAUUAUAGCAA